AUGCUCGACUGCCUCCUUGUCCUCCUCCUCUCCGUCGCCAGCACGUCCCUGGCCGGCGUCACCACGACGACGACCGACACCACCACACCUGCACCCCCGACCACUUCAGCUCCCAAGCCGACGCACUCGCUACGAGUACUGCGACGGGACCUCCUCGUGGUGCUAUUACUGGGCGGGAAUCACCGCUUACGAUCCGAGCCGUGGUCCAAUACCGGGGGUGACGCGCUCUCCCCUAGGAACCUGCGAUCCCGCUACGUACUUGGUCAACACUACGAGUACGACGCAGUCAACUCGGGCUUGAGAAAAUGA